AUGCAGUUAGGAAAACUUAAGGGAAGUAUUUCACGGAGCUCAAGCCAAGGAAAGACCUCUGAGAACCAGCACAAAAUAGGCCAGCAGCAGCAGAAAUGGGGAAUGACUGUUCGAUUUGACUCAAGCUUGAGUAGACUGAGAAGAAGCUUGGCUGAGAAGCCCUAUAAAUGUACUGAAUGUGAAAAAAGUUUCAGUCAGAGCUCGACACUUUUUCAACACCAGAAGAUCCAUACUGGAAAGAAAUCUCAUAAAUGUGCUGAUUGUGGGAAAAGUUUCUUUCAGAGUUCUAAUCUCAUUCAGAACCAACGGGUCUAUACUGGGGAAAAGCCCUACAAAUGUGAUGAGUGUGGAGAAAGGUUUAAACAGAGCUCAAAUCUCAUCCAGCACCAGAGAAUCCAUGCUGGAGAAAAGCCCUAUCAGUGUGAUCAGUGUGGUCGAUAUUUCAGCCAGAGCUCCCACCUUAUUCAGCAUCAGAGAACCUAUACAGGGGAGAAGCCCUACCACUGCAGUGAAUGUGGCAAGUGCUUCAGCCAGAGCUCUCAUCUUAAGCAGCACAUGAAGGUGCACAAAGAAGAGAAGUCCCGCAAAACUCCAAGCAAAAAUAUUAGGGCAAAAACUCACUUAGUAUCAUCUUGGAAAACUGGUACAAGAAGGAAGUCAGUGGCUCAUCUCCACUAA